UUAGCAGGAACUUGACGGUGUAAAGAGUCCUGCGAGACCUCCUUUCGCUCGCAUUAUAGAUUUUUCUGUCCCCGGAGGCAGAACCGCAACAGCAGGAAUAUAAACGUUGUCAGAAAAUAUUAAAAAUUUUCCCUCUCAAUCGCGAGUUCUUAAUGCGAUUGUAGUCGUAAAUUUGAAAAGAUCAAAACCGAAUUAGUUUAUUUAAAGGGGUAGUAAGUGGUUGGAUUUUUUUGUACAAUUUCUUUUGAGUGUUUACCGUAUCGGAUUACCAGCAGGAGUUUAUCGCUACGCCGAAGUCUCUCUUGUAAUAAAGUCAUAAUGAAAAUGAUGGAAUGGAUGUGGAUGAAACUGGACAGGAAGGAAUCUCGGGUCGGCUGAAGACGUCUUCAUCUUCAUGUGAAACACGGGAUACUCCGGAUAGGGACGAUUCUUGGAAAAAAAUGGCAACGACGGCGCGAAGAAGAGAUCCUGACGAGGAUAUUGCGGCAAUCGCUAAACAAAUUUCCGAUCAAGCGGAGGCGAUUUAUCAAAAUUGGAAAUCGAGGGGUUUGGCUCCCGCAGAAUUAAUUUCUUGUCAUGCUGCAGGAGAUACCACAAAAUUAGGAUCAAUGUUAAAACCUCAACCAUCAGCAAAACCUUCAAUAGAAAUUUUAGCUCAAGCACCAACGAUGGAUAACAAUCGUUUAGAGAAGCUAGUAAAAAAUUUCGUAGUCGAAGACAAAGCUCGAUUAGCGGCGAGGAACAAACCGAUGCCUUCCAGUAUUAAAUUCGCCCUACAAAAGUUCGAAAAGAAUUCGACGCAAUCAGACUCCUCCUCAACGGCUGUGAUCAAGAGAACUCCACUGAAAGUUAACAACUUUACAACUCCUACUGUUGUUUCUACUACAACGACCCCAACAAUUCAGCCUCAGGUAACAAAACCAGCAAUAGGCCAAAAACCCCAAAUAUCACCAAAACCACGUUUUGCCGAUACAAUAGAAAUGACAUUACCACCAGAUAGAUCGCCUCAAUCAACGUGGCCCUUAAAAAAUCGAAUUAUCACAACGGAAACGGUCAAAAAAUCCGUUUCCGAUACUAAACCAACAACAAUUGGUUACAAUAAUGUUUCGGUUAAUUCAAAAUCGUACAUAGAUCAGGUCGAUUUGGAAGAAAAACGAUUAAUAAACGCAUUAAAAAACGGAGACGUUUUGAAUGAUAUUGAACUUCCUCAACAUUCUAAACAGAAAGAGAAUAAUCAGCAACAGCAGCACGAAGUGGCUACCAAAUGGGGUGUGAGAAGUACUCGAAGACCGGAACAGCAAGUUCCACAUCCGGAAUUGACCAGUACCCAACGACAACAUCUCCGGCAAACUGCAGGAAAUCCUGUUCGACCUUUCUUAACCAGAGGUUCCGUAGCGGAAAGAGUUCUUAUUUUUGAAAGAUGUCCGAGUGAUUUAUUGUUGGAUAAAAGAGUAAGAACGACACCGGUUACACCGCAAAUACCAAAACCACAGCCUUUACCAAAACAACAGUUGAUUCUUCCACAUACAACUCUUCAAAGGCACGUAAAAGCCAACAGAAACGUGCACAUACCAAGAUUUUACUUUCCAUUGGGAAAACCUGGCCCUCCAAGUCAAAUCGAAACGAUUAAAGCAAAAGUAUCCGCGGCAUUUUCUACCAUUUCGGGCAACGAUAGCAGGGCUUCGAGAGAAAAUUUCGGAACAAUAACAACGGCUUGUCAGCUUCCAUUAUAUUGGAAGACACCUCUAUAUCUUGCUGCUUGUGCUGAUAAAGGAACAUGUACUUUAGAACAGUUCCUAACAAUGUGGACAAAUAUGGCAAAUACUUGUCAUGAUUCGGCUUCGAGAUUUGUAUACAUUUUAACGAGGGGUAGAAGAAACUUUUUGAGCCCAGAAGAUUUUAUACCGUUAGUUCAAGAUGUAGUUGAAACUCAUCCAGGUUUAACCUUUUUAAAAGAAGCCACAGAGUUUCAUUCGCGAUAUGUUCACACAGUGAUUGCAAGGAUUUUUUAUAACGUAAACAGAUCAUGGUCUGGAAAGAUAACAAUACCAGAAAUAAGACGAUCAAAUCUAUUAAACGUCAUUCAAAUGUUAGAAGACGAAGAAGAUAUCAACCAAAUCACCCAGUAUUUUAGCUACGAACAUUUCUACGUUAUCUAUUGCAAAUUUUGGGAAUUGGAUCGAGAUCAUGAUUUAUUUAUUGAUAAGCAGGAUUUAACUAGACACAACGAUCAUGCACUUUCAAAAAGGAUCGUUGAUCGGAUUUUUAGCGGUUGCGUUACGAGAGGUCAAAGAAAAUCCCAACACGAUGAAAAGUUAUCGUAUUGUGAGUUUGUUUGGUUUUUGCUUAGCGAAGAAGACAAAAGACAUCCAACCGCUAUUGAAUAUUGGUUUAGAUGUAUGGAUUUGGACGGUGAUGGAUUCUUAUCGAUGUAUGAGUUGGAAUAUUUUUAUGAAGAGCAAAUGCACCGAAUGGAAUUGAUUGGAAUUGAAACUUUGCCAUUUGAAGACUGUUUGUGUCAAAUGCUAGAUAUGGUAAAACCAAAAACAACAGGCAAAAUCACAUUGAGCGACCUGAAAAAGUGCAAAAUGACUCCCAUUUUCUUUGACACCUUCUUUAACUUAGAAAAAUACCUGGAUCACGAACAAAGAGAUCCUUUUGCUUCCCAAAGAGAUCACGAUUUAGAUGGACAAGAGCUUUCCGAUUGGGAUCGAUACGCUGCGGAAGAAUAUGAACUUCUAGUAGCUGAAGAAGGAGGAAAUGAUGAUCCUAAUAGCUUCUCGUUCGAUGAAGGUAACCCAGAUGAAGAUCCGUUAUCACAAAACUUGGAUAUCGUCUUGGAUGUUGACGCUAAUUGUGGUGGCCUUUCUGAUGAAAGCGAUGAGUGUAGUAUUUAGCAUGGAUAAAAAAUAAAUAAAAGUAAUGAGAUUUACUAAAAAAAA